AUGUCUGAAAAACCAGCUGAAGCCAAAUUGUGGGGUGGCCGUUUCACCGGUGCCACUGACCCUUUGAUGGACCUUUACAAUGCUUCUCUUCCUUACGAUAAAAGAAUGUACGAUGCCGACUUGACAGGCACCAAGGUCUACACUGAGGGCUUGAACAAGUUGGGAUUGAUCAACGACUCUGAAUUGCAGGAAAUCCACAAGGGUUUGGAAGUUAUCAGAGAGGAAUGGAAGAACGAGAAGUUUGUGGAAAAGCCAGGUGACGAGGAUAUCCACACCGCCAAUGAGAGAAGACUUGGUGAGAUUAUCGGCAAGCACAUUGCCGGAAAGGUCCACACUGGUAGAUCCAGAAACGACCAGGUUGCCACUGACAUGAGAAUCUACGUCAGAGAGAACCUCACCAAGCUUUUGGAGUUCUUGGGCACCUUCAUCAAGGCGAUCUUGAAGAGAGCAGAGACUGAGAUCGACGUCUUGAUGCCUGGCUACACCCACCUCCAGCGUGCCCAGCCAAUCAGAUGGGCCCAUUGGUUGUCGAUGUACGCUACGUAUUUCACGGAGGACUACAAUAGAUUGAAGCAGAUCAUCGAAAGAGCCAACCAGUCGCCUUUGGGUGCUGGUGCCUUGGCUGGUCAUCCAUACGGCAUUGACAGAGAGUAUUUGGCUGAAGGCUUGGGCUUCCAAGGCGUCAUUGGCAACUCCUUGGCUGCUGUGUCUGACCGUGACUUUGUCGUGGAGACGCUCUUCUGGUCUUCCUUGUUCAUGAACCACAUUUCUCGUUUCUCUGAGGAUUUGAUCAUUUACUCCUCUGCCGAAUUUGGCUUUGUCCAGUUGGCUGAUGCAUACUCCACUGGCUCUUCUUUGAUGCCACAGAAGAAGAACCCUGACUCGCUUGAGCUUUUGAGAGGCAAGUGCGGUCGUACUUUCGGUGCCUUGUCUGGUUUCAUGAUGUCUUUGAAGUCGAUUCCUUCCACCUACAACAAGGACAUGCAAGAAGAUAAGGAGCCACUUUUUGAUGCCCUCACCACCACCGAACAUUCUAUCCUUAUCGCUACUGGUGUCAUCUCCACGUUGAAGAUCAACAAGGAGAACAUGGAGGGUGCCUUGACUAUGGACAUGUUGGCCACUGACUUGGCAGACUACUUAGUUAGAAAAGGAGUUCCAUUUAGAGAAACCCACCACAUUUCUGGUGAAUGUGUCAGAACUGCCGAGGACCUCAAAUUGCCAGGUAUCGACAAAUUGUCCCUUGAGCAGUUGCAAAAGAUCGACACUCGUUUCGGUGAGGAUGUCUUGAGCACAUUUGACUUUGAGGCCAGUGUGGAGAGAAGAACUGCCAUCGGCGGUACUGCCAAGAGUGCUGUGUUGAAGCAGUUGGCUAACCUCGACUCACAACUCAACUAA